GAAUAAAGUUAUGUUUAGGAUGUUGGAGAUGGUAUCACGUGACAUCAGAUAAUAAUUACAGGGCAGUGGCAGUGUUUUCCCACAUUCUCCUUUUGACUACAAACACAAUUAUUCAAGUAAUAUUUGUAGGAUCAGUAUGUAAUUAUAACAUUUAAUUUUUUCUAAUUAUAACAUUUUAAAGCCCUCAUUAAAUCCACCUGAAAAUAUCUUUAAAAAGGUGUGUUACACAGAGCUGAGGGGAAAGUGUGUACUGAGCAUGUACAGACUGAACACACUGCCACAGGAGGAGCUGCAGCGGGUUGAUGGAUGUGAGCCAGUAAAGACGCUAAGCUAACAGCAUCGGAAGCAUAACAUACAGCAGAAACACACACCAUGUCGCUUAUCUGCUAGUUUUAUUGUUUAUAAAAUCCUUCACUCACACUGAUGUUCAGGACGACGGGAAAAUGUCUGGCUGACAAACACUUACUAUGGAUUAUGAAAAUGUGACUAUUUUAGCAGGAAACAGGAUUCUCUGGACUUUUCUCCUCCUGCUGUGCUGUUUGUGUGCGGCUGGAGAUGAUAUGGUCAAACUGCAGGAAGUGGAAGGAACCAAUAUAACUCUCUGUACUGGGAGAACUGGACUUCAGAGUGAUGCUCAUAUUCUGUGGUUUUAUGGACCUGAGAAAGCAGAGGAAAAUACAUUAAUUGGUCAGGUGUUAAAAGGAGAAACUGUUCCAGAAAUCAGUGAGAGAUUUAAAGAGCGACUGCAGCUGGACAGAACCAGUGGAGCUUUAACCAUCAGGAACGUCAGCAGAAACCAUUCUGGAGUUUAUUUAAUACAAGUCAUUGCUGGACGUCUCAAAUCUUGGACUUUCAGUGUCAGUGUUUAUGCUCCAGUAUCAACUCCAGUAAUAAGAAAUGAAAGAGGAAAUCGAGCUAUCUCUUCCACAGAGCAGUGUUUCCUCCUGUGCACUGUGGAGAAUGGAGAAGAUGUGAAGUUAUCCUGGUACAGAGGGAAUGAGAGAAUCUCCAUCACCAAUAACACAGAUCUCAGUGUUCCCCUCAAUCUCCCACUUCAAAUACAACUCCAUGAUAAUAACACUAACACUUAUACCUGUGUGUCUGCAAACCCUGUCAGCAGUAAAACAACUUCUCUCAACAUCGCACAGCUCUGUGAUCAUAACUCAGGACAAACUGAUCGUUCCCGUUCACUGCUUCCUGUCCUGAUAUCUGUUGGAGUCUUUGUGUUAUUAAUAAUAUCUGUAUCUGUGUGGCUUUGGCUGAAAAAGAAAAAGCAACCAGCUCACAGUGCAGAGAGACUUACCUUAGAGAGUUAAAGAGGAAGAAAACUCGAGAGUAACGCAUGGUGAAGCGGAGAGUGACUCUGUGGUGUAUGCAGCUGUGAAGAAAUCCAGAUAAUUCAACACAUCAGUAUAUCCUUUUUAUUAUUUUAAUCAAUUUGUUAUUAAACCUUUUUUUAAACAGUAUUUAUCUUGUUCACAGUUGGUCGCAAGUGUUCACUAUGUGUGUUUAAAAUGUGUAGAUUAUGUACACUGGCUGUUAAAAAGUUGACUUGGUUAUGUUUAAUAUCAUAUUUCAUCCUAAAUACCUUUGAGGGGAUUUUAGGAAGUAGAUUUCAGGGUCUCGUAACUGAUUCCUAUCUGAAGGUCUGCUGGUUAAACUUGUGUUUUUCUCACGAACGUAUUUGUAAACUGAUUAAUCUGUUUGCUCUGAGCUGUGCUGAAAUCCUGUAAGGGUUAGGUGUGUGUUUAAUGUUAAUAUAAUAUUUGCAUGCUCUCGUUAUAUAAUCAUGAAUAGCAACAUUAAAGUCAGCUAAAAACCAA